CUAAGAAUAAGUCUAGACUAGUAGCACAGGGGUAUGAUCAGGAAGAAGGAAUUGAUUUUGAUGAAUCUUUUGCUCCUGUGGCUAGAUUAGAAGCCAUCAGACUGUUGUGUGCAUAUGCUGCCUCUCAAAAUUUCAAACUUUAUCAGAUGGAUGUCAAAAGCGCUUUUCUUAAUGGUGAUUUAAAAGAAGAAGUCUAUGUUGCUCAACCUCCUGGGUUUGAAAACCACAAGUUUCCUAACCAUGUAUACAAACUUAACAAGGCUUUAUAUGGAUUAAAGCAAGAUCCUAGAGCUUGGUAUGAUAAGCUAAGUAAUUUCUUAAUGUUGGAUGGUUUUCGAAGAGGGUCAGUGGAUAAAACCUUAUUCAUUAAAAGUCUAAAUGAUCACACUAUGCUUGUUCAAGUGUAUGUAGACGAUAUAAUCUUUGGGUCAUCUAAUCAAGAAAUGUGCAAACAGUUUGAGAUAGCUAUGAAAGGGGCAUUUGAGAUGAGUUUAAUGGGGGAACUAACUUACUUCCUAGGUCUGCAAAUACAGCAAACUAGCAAAGGAACUUUCAUAAGUCAGACAAAGUACUUAAAUAACAUGCUUGAACGAUUUGAUCUUAAAAACUUGAAAUCUGCAGUUACACCAAUGGGUUCCUCAGUAAAACUUUCAUUGGAUGAAUCAGGAGAAUCAGUUAGUGAUAAGUUAUAUCGUGGAAUGAUUGGCUCUCUGCUCUAUUUGACUGCCAGCAGGCCUGACAUCAUGUAUAGUGUGUGUGCUUGUGCUAGAUUUCAGAGUAAUCCUAAACUUAGCCAUUUAACUGCAGUAAAACGUAUUUUUCGUUAUCUUUCUGGUACUAGUACACUUGGGUUGUGGUAUUCAUGUGAAUCUAGCCUUGAGUUAUUAGGAUACGGUGACUCUGAUUAUGCUGGCUGUGUGGCUGAUAGGAAAAGUACUUCUGGAACGUGCCAUUUUCUUGGCACGUCAUUAGUUUCCUGGGCCAGUAAGAAACAGAGUUCUGUUGCCUUAUCAACUGCCGAGGCAGAGUAUAUUGCAGCAAGGUUAGGAUGUACUCAACUGUUAUGGUUGAAGUACCAGCUUCAGGACUAUGGCCUUAGUAUAGGAUCUCUUCCAAUAUUGUGUGAUAAAACGAGUGCAAUCAAUAUGACUAAAAAUCCUAUUCAACACUCGAGAACUAAGCAUAUUGAGGUCCGGUAUAAUUUUAUUCGUGAUCUCGUUCAAGAUGGGAAAAUUCACCUAGAAUUCAUUAAUACAGAGAUGCAAUGGGCGGAUAUUUUUACAAAACCCUUAAGUGCUGAUAAAUUCUUACCAAUUCGACAUGAACUUGGCAUGUUUACUCAAGAAGAAAUUAACAAAAUUUGAUUGAAUAUAACAUAUUUUCUUGCCUUGUUUUCUCGGAUAUGAUUGAAUAUAACAGAAUUUGAUUGAAAUUAACAAAAUUUGAUGAUUAUUUGUUGAUUCUUUCCCUCUCGUGCUGAUUCUUUCCCUUCCACUCAAAGAGUUUCCUCCAGAUUCAAUGGUUCUCAGCACUUAUAACCCUAGUCACAUCCCUUCGUCUUCCCCACUCCCUUCUACUGACCCUUGACUUAUCUUGAGCAGAAACAGAAAUCAAACACUUCCUUUCACCAUGGCAUCUUCCAAUGCUCAGCUGAAGUCAUCUGUUCUGUUCAAAAAUCAGAGUUUUAGGAAUGCUGCCACCUAUUCUUGGUACCUUUGUCGCUUCCGCGAUCGACCUCUUUAUCCAUCAUUCUCCAUUCAGCCUACUGCUUUCUCCAAAUAUGACAUGAAUAUUCCUGCCUAUCUACAUAAGGGUCCAGGAAGUGAUCCUUCUUUCUUCACUACUAUUGUCUAUGAUUAUGAAAUCAAAGUGACCCCUGAGAUGCUGGCAUCAGUGCUGGAAAUACCCCAUUCUGGGAUUAGGGCUGGCACGGACAGUGAAUUCCAACACUUUGGCUUCCAGUUUGAUCACGCUCUUGCUUCUCUGACGCGUGAUAUAGGACGCUGGUUUGCCUCCCCACUUGCUGCUGGGAGACUACCAGACGACCUCAAGGUCCUGUUUUUCUUUCUCACUCGAUGGUUUCUACCUCGUGAUCUCGCCAGUACAGAUUUUAUCCAUUCCCCUGAGCUUUGGGUGCUCUUUAAUGCGCGUGCUGGUCGUCGUAUUAGCUACGCCUCUCUCAUGUUCCAGCAUAUGAUCAAGUUUGGGUCGGAGUACUAUAGUGGUCCACUGCCAUUCGGUCCCCAAAUCACUCGUCUCCUGUACCGGUUGGGGAUUGAUUUGCGUGACAAAGUCAUUGUGUGCGAUGUGCUUGAUGACUUGCAUCCUCAACAUGUUCUCGAACGUGUGGAUGCCUUGGUUGGUCCCCGUAAGCCUGUCACUGGCUCAGGGGGAGUGGCCAGUCAGCAACAAAUGGUUUCUUCGACCUUGGUCAAUGCAGCAGCUGCAGCAUACAAGCAAGAGGCCAGUGCCAAGAGCGGUCCAAAAAGGAGGAUGCUGAUUGAAAAAGAUUUGAUGUUGCCAAAGUUUAUCUACGAAUCUAAUCAAAUCAGUGAGCCAAUCAGUCCUGACUCUCAUUCUGGUGAUGAGGAUGAUCGAGUUUCAAGCUAUGUCUCGCCUCCAAAUUAUCCCUUCUAGAAGAGAGUCUACCAGAAGUGUCUAAGGUCUAGGAACUGAGUGUAGUUGUGCGAUGGUCUGCUGUGAUGGUUGAGUCAGUGUCGAGGAUUUUGUUUUGAUCUAGAAAUUUGAGAAAGAUGAAUAAAAGACAAGAUGAAUAAGUGAAGCUGUGUUAGUUUAAUAUUUUUUUUGGAACAGGCUGCACCCACUGUUUGUUAGAUGUGUGCAGGUUGCUGAGUUGAGCCACUGACAAGCUUAGGGGGAGAAUGUUGGAAGAAGAUGGGCAAGCUUGUGCAGGCUCAAACUAAGGAAAGUGGAAUAAUUUGACCAGAAGGGAAAGGCUGAUUUUCGAGAGCCAAUUAUGGAAGGAACUAAUCAAGAUCAAAUCAAAAUCAACUGAUGUAAAGGUAGCAAAUCAUCAACGGCUAAAAGGAUGAAUAUAUAUAUAGAGUGAUUGAGGAUAGGGAGAAGACGGUUCUUCUCGCAAAAAUUCAAAACAAAGGCAAAGGGUGUUGUUGAGGUUUUGAUUAGAGAAGAAGAGAGCUGUCAGGGAGAGAGCUUGUGGGAAUUAGAUUGAUCGAGUUGAACAACAGCGGGUAGCUGUAAGUUCUGGGCGAUUCUGAUCAGAGUGACAGGGAGUCAUCUUGGGAUCAAAAGCUGUAACAGUGUAAACACAAACCAAAGAUAAUAGUAUUACGUCAAAGGACUCAAGAGGAGUACCUUUGACCGUGGAUUAGUCGAUACUGAUUUUAUCAGUAUCGGAUACCACGUAAAAAUACUGUGUCACGCGUGUUAUUUACAUUUCUGCUGUGCUUUGUUUAUUUCCAGUUUUCAUUGAUGUUCUUGAUUUAGUGUGCUUCUGAGUGUUAUGCAGAACAGAGUUUGAUCGACCUGUUGGAAGAAAGGAGAAGGGAACUAAGUUAUUAAAACGCAGCGUGGAGAGUAACAAAGUUGGGCCUGUUUAAAUCGACGGAUCUAAAAUAAAACUGAGCCCAACCAAUCUCGGAGUUAGCUUCUGUUUCGGUGUCGUUUUGGUUAACAAGAAAGGGAGCUGCUUUACUCUUUUCGUCGAUUCGAGUUUCAUUUCAUUUCACCUUCUUUCACUUGAUUCUACCAAAAUCGCAGUUAGGGUUUUCAGGGUUACAACUGAUCGAUCAAAGAAGGGAAUUGCUGGCUGAGUCUCGCGCUCGACUCCACUAACAGCUAUUCCAUAGCUAGGAAAAGGAUAUAAAAAAAGGAGAGAGAAAGAACCAUGAAGAGAUGACAAUUUUCCUUCAUUGUUGCUUGAAUCUCCCUUUAGAAAAAGAAACCUUCAAUCCUCUAGCUUAGGGAAAGCCCAAAUCUCCUUCUUCCUCAUUUAAAUGGCACUUUUUCUCGCUAUAAUAGAAAGAAGAAACUCUAAUCUCCCAUUAGAAACCCUUCUUCAUUCUGGAAACUAUAACUCUACCCAAAAAGUUCUCCUUCUUCUUCCUUCUGCUGUAGACUUUUUAGUCUGCAGAAAUUAGCUCGAACAGGACCACAAACACGUCCACCUUUAUUCGUGUUCUAUCCCAAGUGCUUUGCAUUUUGCCGUCUGCAAGAAAACCCAUAACACGGCCAAUGAACAUGGGCGUGUUCA